GCCGGCUCUUCCUUCAGUGAGGGUGUUUCUUUAAUAGACAUUGCGGUGAUAUGAAUAAUUGUGUGUGAUAUCGGAUUUAUGAGAUAUAUAUAUUGUUGCAGAUAAUAAAGAAAAAAAGUUAAAAACAUUGUAAUGAAAUCAACGAAUAUGGAAUCGUGUUCGGAUCGCUUAAGUCCAUCAAGCGACUUAACUACCGAAUCAGAAACCUCUUUACCUCCUUUCCCGUAUGAUCAAAAUAAUUUCUACAAUGCAGCGGAAACAGAAAAACAAUUCUUCUCGUGCAAAAAGGCGGGAAAACACGACGAAAUAAAAGACUAUCUUCAAGAAACCAAGGCGUUUGAAUACAUAACCCCGCAAAGAAGUAAAAAAUAUUUGAAUUUCGAACUAAAAUUACCAUCGACGAACGACGCAUUCUUCCCCAUAGACAACGAUAGACCGGACUUUUACGACGUUGAACCAAAGAGUUACGUUCAAACUGCCGAAAACCCAUUAUCAGAACUUAAAAAUCAAUCAACUCCUUUUGAUAAUUUAAAUAUUGAGAGGGAGAGAGUACCGCAGUCAUAUUUUGCUGAAAAUGAUAAUUCUAGUAUGCGUAGGUGCUUGAAUUUUAAUUCUGAACAAGUGCAAUGUGUUUGUGAGGCAUUACAACAAAAGGGAGAUAUUGAGAAACUGGCAGCUUUUUUGUGGAGUUUGCCCACCAGUGAGUUGCUAAGGGGCAAUGAAACUGUACUGAGAGCCCGAGCCUUAGUAGCGUACCAUAGAGGCGUAUUUCAAGAACUCUACGCGAUAUUGGAAGCGCAUACGUUCUCUCCGCGACACCACACCGCGCUACAGAACUUAUGGUUCAAAGCGCAUUAUAAAGAGGCUGAAAAAGUUAGAGGCAGGGCUCUGGGAGCUGUAGAUAAAUACAGGUUAAGGAAGAAGUAUCCACUGCCAAAGACGAUAUGGGAUGGCGAAGAAACAGUAUAUUGUUUUAAAGAGAAAAGUAGAAAUGCUUUAAAAGAUUGUUACUAUAGGAAUAGGUACCCUACUCCAGACGAGAAGCGAGCGCUAGCCCAAAAGACCGGGCUCACGUUAACCCAAGUCUCCAAUUGGUUUAAAAACAGAAGACAGAGAGACCGGACCCCACAGCAACCUAACAGAUCUGAAAUGUUGGUGUCAGCUCAGUACGCGGGUCCUCAAGGAGGUUUGGCCCAAGCUUUGCUACCCAACGCUUACUACCAUCAGCUGCAAGACCCAACACAUUAUCUUCAUACUGGGGCGCCGUAAUCGUAAAUCCUUAAAAACUGACAGCCAUUUUGGAUUUGACGAUUCUCUCUCUCAGAUUAGCGUUGUGCUGUAGAGUAAUAAUAUAAAUAAUGCAGAUUUCAUACCUUCUUAUUGUAAAGAGGAUUUAUUUAUCUCUAUGGUCAUGUUCUUAAUGCUCAAAGAAAGUUCGUCUGAAAAGUUUUGAUAUAAAAAGGCUCAAUGUUAAAUAAAUAUUUUUAGGUGUUCUUUUUUUUAAAUAUAUCCAUGUGAUUUUUUAGGUACAGUCAGCUGCAUAAAUAGUUGAACAAAUUCAAAAUUUCAAAUCGCCUUUAGCCUUUCGUGUUUUUAACAAGAAUUGUUUUUUCUUUAGUAAAAAACACUACAAAGAAUUGAAUUUAUUUUACACAAAAAAAAAAAAAAUGUUUCGAUUGAAGUUAAUGUGUAAAAGCGUUUUGCAGUUGAAAUUGUUCAGCUAUUUUUGUGGUUGAUUCUAUAUUAAGUUUCUUAAAACAUACUUAUGUAUAAAUUUUUUUUACUGCUAUUUAAAUAACUAUAGAUAUAUGAACUUACCCGUUAUAAUAAGUAUUAUAUAAAUCAAUACUAUAUACAUAAUAUUUAUCGUAAAAAUUGUCCGAAUUUUGUUUUUUUGAGACUAAUUAUCUAUAUUUUAUAGCAUAGUUUAGUGAUAGUACUUAUCUGUAGUAAGUACUGAACAUAAUUAGACAUAUAGGGUAUUUAGUAUUAUUUUGCAAAUUAUAAUUAUUAGGUUAGUUUCAAACUUCUGAUUUAAUACACCCUUUUUUUCGGUAAACCUAAUAUCGAUUGUGAUUAUAGAUUUAUUUUUUAUUGUUCCUAUUUAGUAAUAACUACGAUUACCAUUUUUAUUUUAAGUUUGUUUUAAAACAGUAGGAGUGUAAAAGUAAAUCAAAUUUAAAUAGUUGGUCGAAAUAUCUGUCUUGUAAAAAAAAAUAUCUCUAUUACAAUAGUAUACAAUAGAGUAAGCACUUUUCUGUGGUACUAGGUACCUUCCAGAUGUAAAGAAUACGCCCAAAUACUUUAUAUAUCUAGGUCAUCUUGAUGUCCUAUUAGAGUUUAUAUUAGAUUUAAAAAAGUACUAAUAAGUAGCUGAACCGAUUCAAAACUUUAAAUCCCAUUUUGUGUUAUUACCAACUUUUUUUUCAUAAAAAUAAUAAAAGGAAUUAUUUUACUUGACCCAAAGAAAUGUUCUAAUUAAAUAAACGUGUACAGACCAUUUGAAGUUUAGAAUUUGUUCAGCUUUUUUUUGUGGCUGACUGUACUUACGUUUUAUUUUUUCUUCACCGUUAAUUUUUAUGUACUUAAAUAAUAUGACUAUAAUCAGCUGUGUUGUUUCCAAAUGUAUAUACUUUGUAUAUUAGAAAUUGUAAAAAGAUUUUUUCAUAUUAAUUAUUAUAAGGUGCUGUUCGUUUGUCAGAACCAUUUGUAUUCUAGUCGGGAAGUUGAUUAAAGUUCUAUAAGAAUUUA